UUCGGUCAGUCAACCGAUAACGCGCGAAAGUUGCACACGUUUGUAUUUCGUAGUUCAAAUUAAUUACGAAAUAAAAUCGGUUUUGUGCAACAUUUCAUUUAAAAUUAAUAAGUAACAAAGUUUUACACAAAAUUGAUUGGUUAUUGAAUUUAUUGUGUGACUAGUCGUUAAUAGAUUCUUAUUUAAAUAAUUUAAUUUUGUGUUUGUUAAACAAUAACUUUUGGCGUUUCGAAAUUUGAAUUGCGCAUUCGUUGAUUGUAUUGUGUUUUACAUUUAUUUGGAAAAAUGAGUCUUAGCCGAUUGUGUCGUGUUGUGAGGUGUGAUUUGGUGAAAGUACAGUCAUCUAGUGCGUUGGUUUCGAAACUUUGGGGACCUUGUGCUUCGAGGGAAGUGAGCACAUGCAGCACGCAACGAGCAAGCGUUGCACAACACAGUUCAAAGCCAGAUUGGAACAGAGCGGUUAGUGAGGCGGAGAAGAUUGUCGGAUAUCCAACCUCCUUCCUGAGUCUCCGAUGGGUUCUGAGCGACGAGAUUGCGAAUGUAGCGCUGCACCUACGCAAGUUGGUCGGGAGCAACCACCCUUUGCUGAAAACGGCUAAGAAUCUGAUCUACAAUGGAAAGAACAACAUGCAAGCCUGGGGUCUCAUCGUGCUGCUGGUGUCGAAGGCAGCUGGACAUAGUCCUGAGAUACCAGAUAUGGAACAGGACAAAGCCGCUGGAGUCCUGCACAGCCAACGAGCUCUAGCCGAAGUGACAGAGAUGAUUCGGACCUCUCACCUGGUGCACAAGGGUCUGGUGAACAUGAACUCCCGCCAGCCAAUAGCCGCUGAGCCUGAUGACAUGAUGUUUGGCAACAAGAUUGCUUUGCUGAGCGGGGACUAUCUGCUCGCUAACUCCUGUUCUGAACUGGCGAAUUUGAGAAAUCAAGAGCUGGUAGAGCUGAUGUCAUCAGCAGUGCGAGAUCUGGCUGAAGCAGAGUUCCUCGGUGAGAGGGACGAGCAGAACAAUCCUCUACCUUCCAGACCACUACCAAAAGACCAGAUUGAAGAAGCUUCAGAAUGGGAUAUCAUAACGGACCCUCUACCAAUGGGUGGAGUGAUCGGUUGUGCUGGUCGCGAGUGGGCUGCUCGACACGUGUUGGCUGCCGGAGCACUGCUGGGCAAGAGUUGCUCGGCUGCAUUGAAGCUGGCUGGACACAAGCCUCAGUUGCAGACACAGGGCUACCUCUUCGGCUGUCACCUUGCCCUAGCAUGGCAGGCGUUCCUCGACCUUGAGGCGUUCACAGGGCCUGAGCCAGCGAGCUUCUCCCUGGUGGGGGCACCCUUGGCCUUCACGUUAGAAGCUCGACCUGAACUCUACGAGUACAUCGAGGCUGGCAAGAAGAGCGUGCAAGAUGUUGAUUACCAUGCUCUAUACAAGGCGGUAUUAGCAGGCGACGGUCUAGAGCAGACGAAGCGUCUCCAGCGCGAGCACAUCGCGCGCGCCGUGCACGUGCUGGACAGCUUCCCCGACUGCGACGCCAGGACCGCGCUCGCCAACAUCAUCGUCGCCAUGCACCAUGACCAUCUAUAACAGUAACAGCUACGUCAUUUUGUAACAUUCGUAUUGUAGUGUAACACAUGUCUUAUUGUAACAUUCGUAUUAUAUUGUAACACAUGUCAUUUUGUAACAUUCAUGUCGUAUUGUAACAUUCAUACUGGAGCAGACGAAGCGUCUCCAGCGCGAACACAUCGCGCGCGCCGUGCACGUGCUGGACAGCUUCCCAGACUGUGACGCCAGGACCGCGCUCGCCAACAUCAUCGUCGCCAUGCACCACGACCAUCUAUAACAGUAACAGCUACGUCGUUUUGUAACAUUCGUAUUGUAGUGUAACAUUCAUGUCGUAUUGUAACAUUCAUGUCGUAUUGUAACGCAUGUUAUAUUGUAACAUUCAUGUCGUAUUGUAACAUUCAUGUCGUAUUGUAACAUUCAUAUUAUAUUGUAACAUUCAUGUCGUAGUGUAACAUUCAUAUCGUAUUGUAACAUUCAUGUCGUAUUGUAACAUUCAUGUCAUAUUGUAACUUUCAUACAUGCCAUUUUUUAUCGUUCGUGUAAUCGUGUCUCGCCGACAUCAUUGUCGCUGUAAGCCAGAUCCACCUGUAAAAGCUACGUAAUCUUGUAACAUUCAUGUUAUGUCAUCAUGUUCGUAGAGGUUGCUGUGUAACAUUCGUUUUAUCUUGUAACAUUCAUAGAUGUCACCUUACUUAUUUGACAUUUGUAGCAUCCAUGCAUUAUAAUGCUCUGUUUUAAUAUGUCAUUGAGCUCGAUCUCCAGCUCUGCCAACUGCUAUUCAUCAUCAGCCACAUUCAACUUGUAAGUUCAUUCAUAACAUUCAUUCAUGUAAUUUUGUAAAAUUCAUGAUACAUAUUAUUUUGUAACAUUAUAAUCAUGUGAUGUAAACAGUAAAACAUAUGUGAUCACGUAACAUUAAUAUGUUUUACAAAUCCAAGAAAGUGCAUAAUAUUAAUUUAACUAAGAAUAAUUGAUAUAUUAUGUAUUUUGAUUAUUUUUUAUAAUAAUUAUAAGCAUUAUCUUUCUGGCAAAAUACUACUAGAAAAAAAUCUAGCAUGUAGGUAAUAAAAAGGGAGCCUAAAUUUAAUAGGCAAUUAAAUAACACUGCAUGUACCUGAGGUCUAUUUUUUAAAUUGUUUAGUAAAAUUACAAGUAAGCAGAUGUUCAAGAAAAGAGUUACCAAAAUCAUGUGACUACUCAAAAUAUACAAAGAAAAUAAAAACGAAAUGUAUUUAUUUCUAAGAAAAUUAUUCAUUAAGGAAAAAAUAUUAUGACAAGGUAUAUAUAAUGCUCAAAUUAUGUCUUUAGUCAAUAAGUGUUUAAUGUGGAAUACGCAAAUGCAAUCUUAUAUUAUAUGCUGAAAACUGAAGAUAUUUUGUCGUUUGGGUAUUCGACGGUAAGCAAGAGUUUUGUACUUUUAGAAUAACUAUGUAUAUCUUUAAUACUCUUGUAUUUUUAUAAUAUUUUUCACUUUAGAUGUUAAGUAAGAAAUUAAUUAAAUUGUACAAUUUUAUAA